AAUUUACAUACGUUGAAAUAAUGUUUUAAAUAACAUUUGAAGCCUUUGACUCGGUUGAUUUGAUAUACAGUUUAAUUGGCAAAUAAUUAUUAGUUUGUCUCGUUUUAAAAUAAAUGACCGUGAAUGUUUUGAUUGCAAAAAUUCCACAAAGAACACGGAAAGCCUUUGUACCUAUUGAUUCCACUUUAAGAUUUCUAUAGCGUCACAAAAAUCUUAUUAUACAAAAUUGAUUGAACUAAAAGAAAGCGCAAACUAUACAACUAUACAAUGCCUUUUCUUAUUCCUUAUCAUCAUGAUCAUCAAUAAAAACUAAUGGAAAACUAAAUAAAAAUCAUACAAAAAUAGACGAAAACAAAGUGCAUUCCCUGACCACACGAAAACAAGCGCAUUCAUUAUCAGUUGCUACCAAAAUCGCUUCCCCAUACUCAAUACUCACUACUAAAACUGAAAAACUGAAUCACUCCCAACAUUUUUAACCCACUAUCACCUGUUCAUUAGCAACAACGAAUUGGCUAUCAAUUGACUGGCAAAUAAAAAGCAGCAACAUACCAAAGUGCUCAACACUAAUCUGGGUUUUUCAAAAACAAAAGCACAAUAUUUUCAGAUAACACAGACAAGCGUUUAUGCUAAAAACAAAAAAACUAAAGUGAACCCAAGUGUAAAGACAAUGCGCACAACUUUCGGCCGUGGCCCAAAGUUUAUACUGCUGACCAGCAAAUUCAACCACGUUCAGCACAAGGAGGUGAUCACCUAGGAUCAUCAGAAAACAGUGAUUAGCCGUAACCAGUGAAGGAUUAACCCAGUGAAUAUCGAACCCAGUUGUUGAACCAGUGAUCAUGUCGUCGGAUACGAACUCGUGUACUAGUUUCUUUGCCCAGGAGCACGCGAAUGCCACCCUGUCGCAGUAUUUCCAGCAGCUGAACUCGCAAGUUGCUGCUGCAGCGGCGGGCAAUAGCGGUGGCAACAGCAGCAACAACAACAACAACAGCAGCGGCAACAACAGCAGCAGCGGCAACAGCGACAGCGGCAAUGAUGGCAGCAUGACAGGAUCCUCGGGAACCAUGGACAACCAUCGCAGCAGUGUUAGCAGCAAUGAUUCGGGCAAGAGUAGCGCCACAGGAGGCGGCGGUGCAGGUGCCACCAGCAACAAUGGCGUGAAUGCCUGGGCCUUGCAGCAGCAGCAACAAACCGCCGCCCUGCACCAUCAGCAACAGCAGCAGCAGCAUCAACAGCAGCAACACCAACAGCACCUACAGCAGCACCAUCAAGCGCACCAUCAGCAUGUCCUGCAGCAGCAGCAGCAGCAGCAACAGCAGCACUCCCAGCAUCAGCAGCAGCAGCAACAUCACGGCCACCCGCUGCAUCCGCAUCAUACACACCAGCAGCAGCAACAACAACAGCAGCAGCAGCAGGCGCCGCAACACCACCAGCAGCAGCAACAGCAGCACGCACAGCAACAGCAGCAGCAUCAUGCCGCCCAGCUGGCCCAUACACUCUCCUCGGCCGCCGUUGCUGCUGCAGCCGGGAAUACCGGUGGCAACACCAACCCCCACUCCAUUUUCGGCACCGGCAACUUCCACUACAAGACGAACAACUCGUGGACGCUGCCCACGCUGACGUACCAGAGGAUUUACCAGGAGAAUCCCCACUACCAGCGCAACUCCUUCAUGGAUCCGCAGAGCAAUGCCGCUGCAGCUGCAGCAGCUGCUGCUGCCAGUUGCAAUGCUGCCGCUGUUGCAGCAGCCGCUGCAGUUGCAAGUGGCAACCAGGGAUCGAAUGGGAAUGCCAGUGGCAAUGGUAAUGCUGUUGUCGCGGCAACUGGUAAUGGAAACGGCGGAAAUCCCGGCCAGAAUAGCAACAACAAUAACGGCAACAACAGUGGCAAUAGCAACAAUAACAGCAACAACAAUGUGUCCUCCGUGCAACAUGUGGCAAAUGCCGUCGCAGCGGCUGUGAUCGCCAACGAGCAUCACAACCAUUUGAACAGCUUGAAAGCGCGAUUUCAGCCAGCCAGCUCAGGCAGGAAAUCUCCAUUUUUGGGUUUCAUUUGCAAAUCAAACGGCAAAUCCACAUCGAAUAGCAAAGAAAUCAUCUGCCCAGAUGACAAAUACAAGGAGGAGGGCGACAUCUGGAAUGUUGAGGCGCAAACAGCGUUUCUCGGCCCAAAUCUGUGGGACAAGACCCUGCCCUAUGAUGCCGACCUCAAGUAUGCCGACCUAGACGAGUUCCUGUCGGAGAACAACAUACCUGAUGGCCUGCCCGGCACGCAUCUGGGCCACUCCAGUGGUCUGGGCCACCGGUCUGAUUCCCUGGGCCACGCAGCGGGUCUGUCUCUGGGUCUUGGCCACAUAACCACAAAGCGAGAGCGGUCGCCCUCGCCAUCCGACUGCAUCAGUCCGGACACGCUAAAUCCGCCAUCGCCGGCCGAGUCAACAUUUUCGUUCGCCUCCUCGGGCCGUGACUUUGAUCCGCGAACCAGAGCCUUCUCCGACGAGGAGCUCAAGCCGCAGCCGAUGAUCAAAAAGUCACGCAAGCAAUUCGUUCCAGAUGAGCUCAAGGACGACAAGUACUGGGCACGUCGCCGGAAGAACAACAUUGCCGCCAAGCGAUCCCGCGAUGCCCGGCGCCAGAAGGAGAACCAGAUUGCGAUGCGGGCACGCUACUUGGAGAAGGAAAAUGCAACAUUACAUCAGGAGGUGGAGCAGUUGAAACAGGAGAACAUGGACUUGCGUGCACGUCUAUCGAAAUUCCAAGAUGUGUAAUGAUAAAUACAAUUUUGUGACUUGGCCUGAGGACACCACAACAAUUAAAUAAUAAUAGCUAUUGAUAAAAUAACAAUAAUCAUAACUAUGAUAAAACUACUAAUAAUGUUUAGUACAGCAGACAUGAAACCUACACUAUAAAGUACAUAUUGUAUCUAAAUAUGUAUAUGCAAAAAUAUAAUUAGUAAGCAAACACACACCCACACAUACACAAGAAACCCCUCACGGCGUCGUGCUCCGCUUUAAUAUUUAUUUUAUGCUAAAAACUAAAAGCAAAUUAACUAAACACCGAGGAGGAGAAACCGACCGAAUGGAAACUAAAAACAUUUUUUAGAGUAGCCAAAAAAGAAAGUCUCACGAGAGCAGAGAAUUGAAAAGCUCUGCAGCCGAAGCUUUUUGCCUUUAAAGUAGCAUACUUCCGAGCGCAAUGGGAAUCCUAAAAAACACAGACGUAGAAUUGUUAUCUUUUAAAUUGUUUAAUAGUUGUCUAGCCUAGUUUUACGCAAAAAAACUUCUCUUCUUCGACUUCUUUUGCUAUUGUUUUCCCCCUUUUACUUUAGUUUUUAUUAUUCUUUGUAAUUAGUUGUUCGAUUAAGUUUUUCUUAAGCUAAUAGUGAACGGAAAUGCACAUGCACACAACAAAUCAUAUUGUAAAUAAUUUCGUUGCCUUUUUUCAAAUUAACUCGAGAGAGGAAUUACCAUAAAAUGCAAAAGAAAACAUGUAUAAAAAAUUGCAAAAUGAAAACCCACAAAAAAAAGAGAAAAUUAAAGGAACGCUAAGAGAAAACCAUUUAGAGAUGAGCAAAGAACUUCCCUCCUCAGUUGCCGGGCACAUGGCAGCUGUUUAGUUUAAGUGAGCUAUGAUUUUUAUAAAAACCUAAUGAAAAAAAUAUCAGAAAACCCCAAAAAAAUUAAAAACAUACGGACAGAGACAGACGGUGGACAGACAGAAAUGAAAAACUAGAAGUGAAAUAGUUUUCGUUGUUGAUUUCUUGAUACUAAAAUAACCAACCCAAAACUAACCCAGACAUAGUCAGCUGGUUAAAGCGAGAGAACUAGUUUUCUUACUUCCUACUAAGAACUACAUACACACAGACCAUCCACGAAAAACCCCUUCAUACCAUGCUAUCACUCUACAAAUUUUCACAUUUUUCCUUUUAGUUGUAAACAUUUUAUUCGUUUAACUUUUAUUACAAGAAAAACUAUUUCUUUUGGUGUGAUUUGCAAGAUCUUAAACAAACAAUUUAAAAACAAAACAUUUUUACAUAAUACCAUACAAUUAUGUUACUUUAAACAACAACUAUUUUCGUUAGUUAAGUUUAUUAAUUAUUAUUAUUUGUUAUACAUUUGAGUUACAUUUACCUGCAUACAAUUAUAUAGAAAUUUAAGAAAAUAUAUGAAACCGGAAAAAAACUUACCGACCGAGAGCAAAAUUUAUAUUUUAUAUUCAGCAAACAAUAUGGAAGCUAUAAACAGAUAAAUAAGUCCAUUAAGCACUCCUUCUAAACAAAUUUCAAUAAGUUUUAUUUAUUCUAUGGAAAAAUGUGCAAAACCAACAAAAAACUGAAAGAAGAACCACAAAAGUAAAGAUCGAUAAAGGAGAAUGAGCGUAACGAAAAAGUGAGAAAGCAAAAAACGAUUUGUGUGUAAUAAUAAAAGUCUAAGCGUUGCUUUUAACUAUUGAAAA